UGUAUCUUUUUUUUCUCUUCACCUUUGCAUUGAAAAGAAUCAACCUCCUAUUACAAAAAAAUAUUUCUCUAUCUAUUACUCAAACUCCUAUCUUCACUACUCAACUCUAUUACUCAUUCUCUACUAAAUCCAAAUAUAAGCCUACUACUAUACCCAAGUUACCAAAAAAUGUCUAAUUGGAGUUCUGAUGAAGAAAUUGAAGAAAUGGUAGAGGAGGAGGUUGAUAGUAUAGUGGAGGAGAUCCAAUACAACUACACUCACCCAGAGGUACCACCAGCUCCAAUAAUCCGAAGAGUGCACAUUGAGAGAGACCGCGAAGAAGGCCACAUUCGAUUGUGGAAUGAUUAUUUUAGUGAUAAUCCAACUUACACUAACGCUAUGUUCCGUCGUCGCUUUAGAAUGAACAAACUAUUGUUCCUUCGUAUUGUUACCGCUGUUGAGAAUGGAGUCCCAUACUUCAGACAAAGGCGAGAUGCUACUGGAAGGCUUGGUCUUUCUGCACUUCAAAAAUGUACGUCAGCUAUUCGUUUGAUGGCUUACGGAUAUUCGGCAGAUGCGGCGGAUGAAUAUUUACGACUCGCUGAAACAACCUCCCACAAAUGCCUUCUACAUUUUGUAGAGGGAGUUAUAAAUCUAUUUGGCAACGAGUAUCUCAGAAGACCUACAGCGGAAGACCUCCAACGAUUACUGAACAUUGGAGAACAUCGCGGUUUCCCCGGAAUGAUAGGGAGCAUAGAUUGCAUGCAUUGGGAGUGGAAGAAUUGUCCCACUGCAUGGAAAGGACAAUAUACACGUGGAUCAGGUAAACCGUCAAUCGUACUAGAGGCUGUGGCAUCACAAGAUUUAUGGAUUUGGCACGCCUUUUUUGGACCACCGGGUUCGUUAAAUGAUAUCAAUGUCUUGGACCGCUCCCCGGUGUUUGAUGAUAUCCUACAGGGCCGAGCUCCGAGAGUUAGAUACUUUGUCAAUGGACGGCAAUACAACAUGGCGUACUACCUCACAGACGGUAUCUAUCCCAAAUGGGCAACUUUCAUCCAAUCUAUUACACUUCCACGUGGUCGAAAAGCAAAACUCUUUGCUCAAUGGCAAGAAGGAUGUCGUAAAGAUGUAGAGCGUGCAUUUGGAGUCUUGCAAGCUCGAUUUGCAAUCGUGAAGAAUCCUGCACUUUUCUGGGAUAAAGGAAAAAUAGGAAAAAUAAUGAGAGCAUCUAUCAUCCUGCAUAACAUGAUAGUGGAAGACGAACGACAUGACCACAAUUUCUACGAUCCAACAGAAUUCCAUCACAGAGAAGGAAGCGGAAGUUCUCAAGUCGAUUUAUCAUAUUCUACAGAUACGCCAACAAAUCUACAUAAUAUGAUGGUCACUCGAAAUGAUGUUCAUGAUACAGAAAUGCAUGAUCUUUUGCAAAAAGACUUGAUUGAGCAUAUCUGGCAAAAAUUUGGUGCAACCGCACAUAAUAGGGUAAUUUUGCUUAAGUUCUCUUAG